AUGUUAGGGGCAAAUAAAGUGGCCAUCUGGGUAAUGACAGGUCUGUUGUCUGUCACGUCCGUAUUCUUCAACCUCUACAUCUUCUUGAUGAGUCUGCGGAACUACAGGGAGAAAAAACAGUGGAGCGCCUCUGAGACCAUCAUCGUGGCUCUGUCGGCGGCGGACAUAUUUCACCACGUGGUCUGUUACUUCUGGAUGACCAUGGAUGAGAUGGACAAAGGGUGUCACAUUGUCCAUUUGCAGUACACGCUCAUGCUACUGGUGGUCUUCAGCCUCAAGUUCACCAUCAUGUGGGACACCACCUUUCUCACCUUCUACUACAGCACCAAGCUGGUGAGCACACCCAAUCAUUGCUACACACAGAUCCAAACUACCAUCCUCAAGCAUGUGACCUUAGCUGUUUUUGUCAUCCCUCUUUGUGGUUUGAGCACCUGUAUGCCAAUGCUCGCGGUGUUUCACGAAGACAACUACACCCAAGUGAACCAAGACUGUGGGGUUUUAAUACCCGACACUUACCCUGGAAAGAUUUAUGAGGUCAUCUAUCUGCUCCUUUCUGAUGUACUGCCAGGUUUGAUCACGACAAAAUGCUGCGUCUCCAUCUCCAUCCACCUUGCCAACCAUCUCCGCCACAUGAAAGCCAGUACCAACGGUGCCCACUGCCCAAAGCUGGGCACUCAGCUGAGGGUGAUCCGGAUGGCUCUGUCUCUGGUGGUCAUCUUCCUGAUCUUCCUCAUGGUCGACCUGUACGUUAACUAUCAGAUAUCGGUGAACCACGAGAACGCCAUCGUGCUCACGUUCUUGUUCAUAUCCAUCUACACCACUGUAACCGCCAUGGUGUUGAUCUAUGGGAAAAAGACUCUCUGGAAAACUCUGCUCCACGACUAUAACGUCUGCCUGGAUGGAUGUGCGUGUUUGUCUUUUCUGAAGGUGCCCGAACAAAAGACCAAACACAGCAUUGCUCCUGCAAAAGUUAAAAACUGA